AUGAUAUUCAUCCGAAGCACCUACCAGAACCACAUCUACAACGCUUCUGGUAGUGACUUUGCGGACAAAUGGGAAAAUGGGGGUCUUGCACAGCAUGUUGAUGUCCCACGUCUGGAAAAGGGCAAGCAGGGCGGUGCGUUCUGGAGCGCUUUCUGGCCGUGUCCAACAAGCGGAAAUGGUACCGACUUCUCAGAUGCGAGGUACUACGACAGUAAGACGAACAAGUUUCCCUUUAAGAUGACCAGGCUGACAGUAAAAGUCGUCCAAUCCACAAUCAGCCAGCUCGACCUUUUCGGUCGUCUAGGUCAGCAAUACCCCAAGUAUUUCACGUCCUCGAAGACCAGCGCAGAAGCCGCUCACACAUUUGAGAACGGGGGUUUCAUUGCCCCCGUGAUCAUCGAAGGUCUGCACCAAAUCGGCAACUCGAUUUCAAACUUACGUCUCUACCACCAACUUGGAGUCCGCUACGCGACGUUGACAUGGAACUGCCACAACAAAUACGCCGACGCCGCUUUGCAGACUGAAGCAGCAGGUUCCGGUUCAGGCAUUGCAAAGCCCUACUGGCAUGGUCUGAGCCCAGCAGGCCGCGAGCUAGUCAAGGAGAUGAAUCGUUUGGGCAUGCUAGUCGACCUCGCACAUGUUAGCCAAGACACGAUGCGUGACGUGCUUGUAGGAAAAGGCGAAACAGGCUGGAACGGUAGUCUAGCACCACCCAUUUUCAGCCACAGCUCAGCCUAUGCAAUCUGCCCACAUCCGCGUAACGUGCCAGACGACAUUCUGCAGCUCGUUAAACAACGCAACUCCAUCGUUAUGGUCAAUUUCAACCCAGAGUUUGUUUCGUGCAAGCCUGCGAAUACUACAAACAGCCUACCGGACUUUGUUCCAGAGACAAAUACAUUGGCACAGGUUGUCCGUCACAUCAGGCAUAUCGGAGAGCUGAUUGGAUACGACCAUGUUGGCAUCGGUACGGAUUACGAUGGCAUUGAAUCGACGCCUGUGGGUCUGGAGGAUGUUUCAAAGUUUCCCGAUCUUUUCGCCGAGCUAUUGAGACAGGGAAUCAGCGAUGAGGAUGCAGCCAAGAUCGCAGGACGAAACAUACUCAGAGUAUGGGCUGAGGCUGAUAAGGUGGCUAGUGAGUUGCAAAAGACCACGUUGCCGUUGGAAGACGACGUGAAGAAUAAUUGGGUGAAGCGUCGGGAACUGUGAGCUAGUUGUGGAACGAGUCUUUGUGGGCCUAGACUCUAGGUCUGAUCUGGCUCCAAGGUUAUAAUUGUGCAUUCAAUAGUAGAUAUCAACUACAAAUCCACCUAUACAGUG